AUGGCUACACCACAUGCAUCUACUCGUGACUUCGUGUAUCGCGGCAUGUUCAUUCCGGCAAAGACAGUGAUGAUGUUGAACUGCUAUUCGCUGCAUCAUAACGAGGCACGUUAUGAGGAUCCUUUCACGUUCAAUCCGGAACGGUAUCUCGGUGACAAUUUCUCGAGUACAGAGUCCUCCAAGCUUCCCAACGCUAUGGAGCGAGACCAUUGGGCAUUCGGUGCAGGUCGUCGAAUUUGCCCUGGAAUGCCUAUUGCCGAAAAAGAAAUAUUCCUCGCGAUAGCAAGACUUCUCUGGGCAUUCAAAAUUGAAGCUGUCCCCAAUCAGCCCCCAUGCUUAGAUGAAUACGAAGGAACUUCAGGACGUACACCACUACCCUUCCGUGUCAAGCUCGUCCCACGGCAUGAACAUGUUCACCACAUUCUAGGUACCAAGGAGGAGGUACCUGGAAGCUUUGAGCUCGCAGACGAGUUCAUUGGCAAUUAAUCUUUCUUCGACACCCACCCCACGUUCUUGGUUUUUCGCAGGUGCUCUUUACUCUUUCGUUAUCCAGUGCGUCGAUUUAUUUAUGGUUACCCAUGUGCAUUUCGGAUACCUUCCAAUGAUGUAC